UCCCUUGUCGUUGUCAUCAUCAACCAUCCAUUCCCUGCUCCUCUUUCCCAUAAUAAAAAUCACCCCCACCAAAAGCUCGCUCGAUGAAAAGGCGAGACUUUUCUCUCCAACGACGAAAAAUCGUGCGAACCCAUUUCAAGAAGCGGAAUCGGCGUCGAAGCUCGUCCUUUGAGGCUUGCUGUGACCGAUGGGUCGAUUGGGAGAGAGGUUCGGGGCGCUGGUCAACAACAGAUGGCUGGUGUUCGUGGCCGCAAUGUGGAUACAGUCGUGUGCGGGCAUUGGGUACUUGUUCGGGAGCAUAUCGCCGGUGAUAAAGAGCUCGCUGAGCUACAACCAGAGGCAGAUUGCGAGGCUUGGUGUGGCGAAGGAUCUCGGGGACAGUGUUGGGUUCUUGGCGGGGAGCUUGUGUGAGGUCUUGCCUAUGUGGGGUGCUCUGCUCGUGGGUGCUCUUCAGAACUUUGUUGGGUAUGGUUGGGUUUGGCUCGUCGUCACCGGCCGAGUUCCAACUCUGCCUUUGUGGGCCAUGUGCGCUCUUAUUUUCAUUGGAACCAAUGGCGAGACCUACUUCAAUACAGCAGCUCUGGUUUCCUGCGUGCAAAAUUUCCCAAGAAGCCGGGGUCCUGUGGUGGGCAUCCUGAAAGGCUUUGCUGGGCUUGGUGGUGCUAUUUUGACACAAAUUUAUGCGGUGAUCCAUUCCCCCGAUCAUGCGAAUCUCAUAUUCAUGAUUGCAGUUGGUCCGGCGAUGGUCAUAAUUGCCCUGAUGUUCAUCGUCCGACCAGUCGGAGGUCAUAGGCAAGUACGGCCAUCUGAUGGACUAAGUUUUACGUUUAUCUAUAGCGUAUGCCUUCUAUUGGCAGCAUACUUAAUGGGGGUCAUGGUUGUGGAAGAUCUAGUUGAUUUGAAUCAGAAAGUGAUCGUGAUUUUUACGGCGAUUCUAUUCAUGCUGCUCCUGCUUCCGAUCAUGGUGCCGGUGUCAUUGACUUUCUUCUUGGACUCAAGGGCACCACUUCAAGAACCUCUUCUGUCUGAGCCACAGAAACAAGAAGCAGCCAAAUCUGAGCAGGAUGGACAUGAGGUUAUAUUCAGUGAAGUCGAAGAUGAAAAGCCAAAGGAGGUGGACUUACUUCCGGCAUCGGAAAGGCAAAAGCGAAUAGCGCAGUUGCAGGUGAAAUUAUUCCAAGCCGCCGCCGAAGGUGCGGUGAGGGUGAAGAGGAGGAGGGGCCCACAUAGAGGAGAGGACUUCACCCUGGCACAGGCUUUAAUUAAGGCAGACUUUUGGCUCAUCUUUUUCUCGCUUCUACUGGGUUCUGGUUCUGGACUGACGGUUAUCGAUAAUCUGGGCCAGAUGAGCCAAUCUCUGGGGUACGAUAACACGCAUAUAUUUGUGUCCAUGAUCAGCAUUUGGAACUUCCUAGGCCGUGUUGGCGGAGGCUACUUUUCUGAAAUCAUUGUAAAGGAUCGUGCUUAUCCAAGGCCAGUGGCAAUGGCUGUGGCGCAAUUCAUUAUGGCUAUCGGGCAUGUUUUCUUUGCCAUGGGAUGGCCUGGGGCAAUGUACAUUGGUACCCUCUUGAUUGGCCUUGGUUAUGGAGCCCACUGGGCAAUCAUGCCUGCUGUGGCCUCGGAGUUGUUCGGACUGAAAAAAUUUGGUGCUUUAUACAACUUCCUUACUUUGGCUAACCCUGCCGGUUCACUAGUCUUCUCCGGUGUAAUUGCGAGCAGUAUAUACGAUUACGAAGCAGAGAAGCAAGCGCAUCAUCAUCAUCAUCAGCACCAUCACCAUCACCAUCCGCGAAGCUGGGGGUUGAUAUUUUCAACCGUGCUCGCUGCGGAUGAACCGCUGAAAUGUGACGGUUCUAUAUGCUUUUUCCUGACGUCAAUGAUUAUGUCAGGACUCUGCGUCAUCGCGGUGGUCUUGAGCAUGAUCCUUGUCUACCGGACUAAAAUUGUUUAUGCGCAUCUCUAUGGAAAAUCUCGUACCUGAAUUAUAUGAUGGGGUCAGAGCUGUGUUCAUCCCUUAGGAAGUGAUGUUAAGAGACUUGAUUGUUCAGCUGGUAAUGCCGUCGGACCAUGCUUCUCUUGUAGCGCUGCAUUAUGCAGAAAUGCUGGUGAACUCUCCCUCGCUCUUGUAUCGUCAGCCUAAUUUAGAGAGAGGUUUUGGUAGACACGUGCCGUAGAAGAUUGAUGUAUAUGUAUGAUUUUUGGGUUGCGAGUUGCGACAAGUGUGCUGUAUCCCUGCUCUUUACUUUGCCAUGAAUUGAGAAGUGGUUCUUCUCUUUGUUGUCAUCAUGGUGCACAUGACCUUUUACUGUAUCUGCUUCUAUGAAUGGUUAAGUAUCAGUUCCUUGA